AUGUUGAAAAUUUCUAAUUUAUAUCGUUCACAAAAAGUUUGUGAUGCUUUAGUAAUGUUUGGUGCUCAUAUUUAUCGAAUUCCAUUCGUAUCACAUCCAGGUGUAAUGGCAGUGGCUCAAUUAUUAGAAAUGAAAUCAUUAGUAGAACAUAGAGCACAUUUUACACAAGAAGAUGUUAAUAGAAUGUAUCAUUUUGAUUCUGAACUUGCUAAAAAAGCACAAGUAGCUGUUGAUCAUAAUCUACCCAUUUCACAUUAUAAUCUUGAUUAUCUACAUAAACCAGGAUUUCUUGAGAGUUUAUUGGAAGAGAGAAAAUUAAAUGAAAAGAUAGCAAAUGAAGUAUUAUCAGCACCAGAAGGUGAUUAUAAACAACCUGAAUCAUUAAAGUCAUAUAAAUCAAUAACAGUACCAGUUGAAUGGAGACAACAUGAAUUAGCAUUUACAGAUUUAAUGGUUGAUGUACAACCAUCAAUAAAACGAGAAAUGGAAACACAAGCCAAAAUGCGUAAAUUUGUUGAAGAACAUGAAAAAACAUUUAAAACAAAAUCUAACAAUUAA